CAUAGUAUAGGCCAAGUUACGAACACAUGUCACGAGCGUAACCUUUGGAGUUCAGGCCGUGACUUCUGGUAUGAUUUCUUCCUCUUGAGGUGCGGGUUCCGGCCAAAAUGGGCUAAGUUACGGGAUGGGCUGUAACUUGGAAGGUCGUUCGUAACUUGGGGGUAUGCUUAUGUUUCUCAGCUUUCAAGUUACCCACCAUUCGUAACUUGGGGUCUCAACCUGUAACUGGGGUCUGCUGCUAUUUUUGGGCUCAUUUUGACCUCCAAAUGCCCCCAUAACUUGCUCCUAACAUUCCUCCACGUACUAGGACCUUAAGUGUGACGAAAUAAACACAACCUAGCGCGAAAUAGGCCAAAGAAUGAUCAAAAUCAAGCCAAACAAUUGAGAAAUGAGGGAAUAAAUAUGGUGUUAUCAAUAGGGAUGGCAAUCAAAUCCAUGACUGCGGGUACCCGACCGCCCCCGACCUAUUCAAUGCGGGGAAUCCCCGCAUUGACUGGGUAUGGGGCAGGUAUGGGUAAAUCCGCAAAAAAUUUUGAUGGGUAUGGGCAUGCUCGCCUCAUACCCAUAACCUCCCCACCAAGAGUAUUUCUUCACAUAUAAAUAAUACCUGGAUCAAAUUGAAAUCUAUCAAUGAUAGUGAAGGUAACUUAAGACAAUAUAUAGUAGAAAUGCAAUUGAGUGGCCACCCAAAUCCAAAUCUAAUUCCUUUACGUCGAUUCUCCUUUUAUUCUUUCACUUUCCCUCUUGUUAACAAGAUAAUUAUGUUAGUUAAGAAUUACUUAGUAGAUGUAUUAGAGUUAAAAACUAAUGAUUUGGAAAUUAUUACAAUGUAUCUUAUUGAUUAAUAGAUGUUUUAGGAUCAUACGAUUUGAACCGCACUAAAAAUGAUUGUAUCUUUGUUUCUUAAUGAUAUAGUAAGCCUGUUUAGAUUUAUAAUUGAAAAUUUACAUGCAAAGUCUUGGGUAUAAUGAUGUUGGAUGUACGGGCCGUGAAUUACCCAUGGGUACCCGAAACCCAUGAGUAUGGGGAUGGGUUUGCAAAACCUUCCCCCACAUGGGUAUGGGACGGGUGCGUGUUUGGAUAUUUGCAAGCGGGGAUGAGGAUGGUUUAGGCUAACUCACCAUAUUGCCAUCCCAAAUUAUCACUCAGCGACAUUUAAUCAUAUGUCUAGCUCUCACUGCUUAUUUUAGAAUGUUCAGGCAGUUGAAACCAUGGAUUUACAGGUUGCAAAUGGGUCUCUAAUUCAUGUCGAAGGAAUUGGUACCAUUGCUUAUGGUCAAGUGAAACUGCCUAAUGUGCUCAUGUUCCUAAACUAGUACCCAAAUUGGUUUCAGUAGGGCCUCUUGAGGAAGAUGGAUCUCGGGUUACUAUUGAUGCACAUGGUUGCGUUGUGCAAGAUAUGACAAUGGGGUAGAGAUCGGGAGAGGGAGUAAAUGUGAUGGCAUCUCCUCUAUCUACAACUACUCUCGUGGAGGGAAGGAUGUGGACGUGCAUGAUGGUGCACACACAAUUGGAAAUAUAUAUGACAAUUGACAACUGAUUGUGGGGCUGCCACUACUUCUGGUUUUCUACAUUAGAUAGUUCCGGGAACAAUAAUUUGGUUAUUCGGUAAAAUUUUCAUAAUGAAAUUUAUGGCAUCAUCGGUUGGGUCACUCGAAUUCUUCUCGUCUUUUAGCCAUAUUUAAGAAAAAGUGGUUGUCGGGUAAGGUUGUUUCGAAUCCAGGAAGUGAUUGUGUUCAUUGUAUUGAGGGAAAAUUUUCUUAACAUUCUUUUGUAUCCAGUACUACAUUAUAUUCAGAGCCAUUCAGAUUAAUCCAUACAAAUCAUUGGGGGCCAUCUCUGGUCAUGUCUCGUAUGGGUUUUUGUUAUUUCGCCCUUUUUAUUGAUCAUGCCUCACCCUUUGAAUAGGUUUACUUUCUUCGUCGGAAAUCUGAACUCUAUACAGUGUCUAAGGUGUUCCUUCAAAUGAUUUCUACUCAGGUCGAGCAAAAUGUUAAGGUGGUCCAGUCAUACCCUCGAUGAAUUUACUUCCAAUCCUCUACAGAUGCUCUUUAGUGAUCGUGGUGUUCAACCUCCGCAAUCAUGUAUGGGGCAUCACGAAAAAAUGAGUUGGUGGAAUGAAAACAUUGUCUUGCUUUGGAGCUAGGAUGUGCCACCUUAUUCCAUUCUCAUGUGCCAUCUCGGUUUAGAUUGAAGCGGUUCAUAUUGUGAUAUUUCUUGUUAAUCGCCAAAUUACUCUGGCUCUUCAACAACAAAGUCCACAUAAAGUGCUUUGAUAUCAUGUUAAACACAAUGAAAACAAAACACAAUGAGAAAGAAUCAGCGAGAUAAAAGCAGACGAAUGGCAGGAAAGUAAUAGUGUGGAAGAACAUUUGAAAAUUGAAUGUUCCACGGAAAUUGAAUACUUUAACUUAUAGUACUAUGUUUGUUUGAACGGAAUAAGUUGACUAUACUAAGGAAAAUCAUGGCACCUUUGGCCCAAAAAUCUGCAAGUCACUCUAGACAACAUUGCCAGAAAAUGAGUUUAUUCGUGUACCUUUCCAGAACAUUAAAGCAUCACAACAAGUUAGAAAAUCUCUUAUCGUAUCACGAAUUUUCAGCCUGUUCCAUAUCCAUGAGCAACAACUACUAGUAGAUAUUUCUGAGAAUGUAUCAACAUUGAUCGUAUAUUUAUCCAAUGUACCAACACCCUCCUUUUUAUAAAAACGUUUGAAAUGUGUCGUAUAGUACUAUACGAUAUCACAACCAAUAUUCAGACAAAUUGAAAGUUAUAUUAGUUCACUCAAAAUGAAAAAGAAAAAAACUGGUUAGAUGGAUUGUUUAUUUAUUUUUAGGAAAAAUAUCAGGAGGAUGAGGACCAUAGAGCUCUAAAAAAUUUUUGAAAGAGUUUACCAAAACUGGUAGGGAUGCACGUUAAUCUAGAGACCAUUCCCCCCGCAUUCUUCGACCCUUCCCAAAUUUGCUUAUCUUAAAAAACAACAAAAACAACAACAAAAAAGCCAAAAGGGAAGAAUAGAAAGCGAAGAAUCACAGAGUCACAUCAUCCAGGCUAUUCUUCCGGCCGGAACCCCACAACAGCAUUAGGGAGAAACCAGCCGGAAAGAAAGCGCAAAGCCCACCUCCCCGCCGGUAACCAACAGGCGUCGUCAGAAGCUUUUUGCCUUCAAUUCCCCCAAUUUAAUCCCCUACACCAAUAUCUGUUUUCUUUCUUCAUUUUCAAAAUUUAAAUUUCACCAAUAAAUAUAUAUCUUCUCCUAAUUAAAUGCCUCACGACUCAUCAAAAAGAUGUCGGAUCCACCCAGUACCCCGUUGAUGCAGCUUCUCGAUCACGACAGCCACGACCGUCACUACCGAAGCUUCGCCGUUCCGAUGGCAUCUCUCCGCUCCUUCGACCAAAGCCGAUCCAGCAACAACAUCCGCCACCGCGGCGCUGGCGGAGGCUCCGAUCUCCCCAAGCCCAAUCGGCGAUCUCUCGAUUACAGGUCCGCCUCCAUGCCGCAACGCCACAUGAAUAAUAUGAAUGACGCCAAUGAUGACGACGAUCUGGCAAUGCCGACCGCCGCCGGCGUGCUCUCCGGGAUACUACACAAGUGGGUGAAUUACGGGAGGGGGUGGCGGCCAAGGUGGUUCGUCCUUCAGGAUGGAGUUUUGUCGUAUUAUAAGAUCCACGGCAAAGGCCAACAUAAUAUCACUCUCAAUCGCCAGGCUCUCAACAAGCUCUCUUCGGCGUCUUCCUUCAACGGCUGCAGCAAAGUCGUCGGCGAGGAGUCCAUGCGGUGGAUCUCCCGCCAGACCAGAUCCAUUUCUGAACCCCGCCGCUUUUGCCAUCCCGUCGGCGAAGUCCAUCUCAAGGUGUCGACAAUCCGGAACAGCCGAUCGGACGACAGGCGUUUUUCGGUGUACACGGGGACGUCGAAGAGGCUACAACUGAGGGCGGAGAGCCCGGAGGAUAGGGAAAUGUGGAUGGAGGCGUUGCAGGCGGUGAAGGACCUGUUUCCAAGGACGACCAUAUCCGAUGAGGCCGCGGGAGCGACGGUGCCGACGCCGCCAGUGUCUACGGACAGGUUGAGGCAGAGGUUGAAGGAGGAAGGGGUGAAAGAGGAGACGAUAAAGGAGAGUGAGGCUAUCAUGAGAAAUGAGUUCACGGCUCUUAACAAUCACGUCCUCCACCUCAACCAGAAGCAGGUGCUACUUGUUGACACUUUGCGCCACUUAGAGACAGAGAAAGUAGACUUGGAGAACACUGUGGUUGAUGAAAGCAAAAAUCAGUCGAAGAAACGCGGCAUCAAAACUAACGAAUUAAACAGUACCGGAAGCGAGUCGGACGAGGAAGACGAGGAGCGCGACCGAAACGACGGCGGAGAGACGGAGGACGAAGAGGAGGAAUUCUUCGACACUCGGGAUUUCCUCUCGUCCACGGGCUCCUUCAGGAAUCACGACGCCGACGAUGCCGAUGUACAAGAUCGGUCGUCGGAUGAUUCUGAAGACGACGACGAUGAGGGCCACAUCGGCUGGAAUCAAGAUCCCGACGGCGGCGAAGGAUCGGUUGGGGCCGCUGGGUCGAUCAAGUAUCCGCACGUGAGACGGCGGAAGAAGUUGCCGGAGCCGGCGGAGAAGGAAAAAGCGGUCAGCCUGUGGUCAAUGAUCAAGGACAACAUCGGGAAAGAUCUGGGCAAGAUUUGCCUGCCCGUAUAUUUCAACGAGCCGAUCUCUUCUCUCCAGAAGUGCUUCGAGGAUCUCGAGUACUCCUACCUUUUGGAUCGGGCUCAUGAAUGUGGUAAGACGGACGACAGCUUAAUGAGGAUACUGAACAUAGCAGCAUUUGCGGUAUCAGGGUAUGCUUCCACUGACGGGAGAGCUUGUAAGCCAUUCAACCCGUUGCUAGGUGAGACGUACGAAGCAGAUUUUCCAGACAAAGGCCUAAGAUUUAUCUCCGAAAAGGUGAGUCAUCAUCCAAUGGUGGUGGCAUGUCACUGCGAGGGCCGCGGGUGGAAGAUGUGGGGAGACAGCAACUUGAAGAGCAAAUUCUGGGGGCGCUCGAUUCAGAUCGACCCCGUCGGCGUCUUGACGUUGGAGUUCGACGACGGAGAAGUUUACCGCUGGAGCAAGGUCACAACGUCCAUUUACAACCUGAUCCUUGGCAAGAUCUACUGCGACCACCACGGCACGAUGAAGAUAGAAGGCAGCGGGAAGUACUCCUGCAAGCUCAAGUUCAAGGAGCAAUCCAUGAUCGACCGAAACCCUCACCAGGUUCAAGGCAUCGUGGAGGAGAAGAGCAGCGGGAAGACGGUGGCGACGCUGCUGGGGAAAUGGAACGACAGCAUGCACUACAUCAUCAAGUCGGAUAACAACAAGAAGAAACCCGACCCGGAGCUGCUUUGGAAGCGGAGCAAGCCCGCCAAAUACCCGACCCGAUACAAUCUGUCCCGCUUCGCCAUCACCCUCAACGAGCUCACGCCGGGCCUCGAGGAGAAGUUACCGCCGACCGAUUCGAGGCUGAGACCAGACCAGAGAUGCUUGGAGAAGGGGCAAUAUGAUAUGGCCGACGCCGAGAAGUUACGGUUAGAACAAAGGCAACGACAGGCAAGGAAGAUGCAAGAGAGCGGUUGGAAGCCGAUGUGGUUUGCGAAGGAGAAAGUAGAGAAUGGGAAUAGUAACAGCAGCGGCGGCGGCGGCGGGUACCGGUACAAUGGUGGUUAUUGGGAGGCUAGGGAGAAUGCCAGCUGGGAUUCAUGUCCCACUAUUUUUGGCUAAAUUACAUUUAUACGUACCUAAUUGCAAGCUAAUUAACCAUGUAACUAGUUUUGAAGGUUUUUUUUUUUUUUUUUUUUUGGAAGUGGCCGUCAUUAGCCAUUAUGCAUAGACAUUACGGUCUUCUUCUUCUUCUUCUUCUGUUGUUUAGGGUUCUUUUCCUUCCCUUUCGUUUUUGUCCUGCUUCUCAAUAGUGAUUGCGGAGAAAACGGCGACAAGGGAAAAGGUAAACUAUUUUUUUGUGUGUCUGAGAGUUGUAAUUAUAUAUUUGCAUGCAGCAAAUUAGUCCCUGCAGACUCAUCCUCCACGUUAUCUGCAAUCCUCUUGAUUGCUGAAAGAAAAUGCUGUAUAGGUUCAGGCACUAAAGAAAUUAAAGUCCAUUGUACAUUCGAUUCUUUUACUGUAAAGUCUUUGUUAACUUGAGAAACUCUAGUCAUUCACCCUCUUCAAGAGAAUUGGCAAUCUGAGAUCCCUCUACGGACACCUCUAUUUAUCAAUCCAAUAACAAACAGAUAGGAUUGUGUGGAUUUAGGUUUAAAACUGAUAUACCCACUUAUUAAUGAAUUGGUGUGAUUUUCAUCCGCAUCCCUCCAAGAUUUUAUCCUGGUUGGGUCGUGGGUGGCGGGUGAGUAGUUUCGUCGGGUUAAUCCACAAGAAUCAUUCUUUAACGAGUCUUUUCAAUCAAUAUAUGAUUAUCUUUUGU